AUGUGGUUUUGUGUGUGUGUGUGUCCGUCUGUCAUGGCCAGUGCCAUGGAGGAAUUCCAGGUGACCGUCCAUACCUUACCUGCCCCAACCUCUGGAACCUACAGCAUCCUAUGGCUCACUCUGAUUGGCUCAGAGGGUGGCGAAACCCCGCCCAUCUCAGUGAACGCUGGGGCCAACCAGCACCACCUCCUACCUGGAUCAGUGAGUUCUCUCUGUCUCUCUCACUCACUCACUCUCUCUCUCUCUAUCUUACCACCCUCUCUCACUCCCUUCUCUUUCGUUCUCUCUUCCUCCUUCUCUCUCUCAAUUCAAUUCAAUUCAAUUUCAAUUCAAUUUCAAUUCAAUUUCAAUUUAAGGGCUUUAUUGGCAUGGGAAACAUGUGUUAACAUUGCCAAAGCAAGUGAAGUAGAUGCUCUCUCUCUCUCUCCUCUCUCUCUCUCUCUCUCUCUCUCUCUCUCCCUCUCUCUCUCUCUCUCUCUCUCUCUCUCCUCUCUCUCUCCUCUCUCGUCUCUCUCUCUCUCUCUCUCUCUCUCUCUCUCUCUCUCUCCCCCUCUCUCUCCCUCUCUCUCUGUCAGUAUAUUAACCUGCAGUUUGUGUUGUCUAAUAAACAUUAUUUCAUUUUAGAUUGCUUUUAGCCAGAUUUCAAAGAGCUUUACCUAUAGGUUUUUCCAUUAUCCCUGUUCCAGGCCUGUGUGGUCAGAGUGUGGUCAGAGGUGGCACUGGGUCGGGUGGUUCUGGUCCGGCUACGGUUGGAGGCUCGGAUGGGUUUCCCGGACCUGGACUGGCACUGCAGGGGGGUGGAGGUCAGGAGGCUGUGUGACAGACAGGAGGAAGAGGCGGGGCUACAUCACCAGGGGGCGGAGCACUUCCCUUGUAGCAGGUGGCUCCGGUCCGUAGAUGGUGACGUGGAGCUACGGAACGGAGACUGUGAGAUUUAAAAAAUAAUAAAAAUAAAAUAGUCACAUGGUCAUACCCCAUAUUACAGGAAGUGUGAGUAAGAGCUCUUUCGUCACACUGAUGAACUAGUCAAUUGGUGAGAACUACAUACUAUAACGUUACCAUGGAAAGAGGAAGUGGUGUAGCCUUCGUAUUUGAAUCAUAUCAUAUAUUAUUUCUCUCUCUCUCUCUCUCUCUCUCUCUCAGUGUGUCUGUUCAACUCAGAGACUGUGCAAACACUGAAGGACCACAGACUCAAAGAACUGCACACUAAACAGCAGCACAUCAGGUAUCACAACUAAACCACAACAAACUUCCUUUUACUAUACACAACACAUCUCCUAACUCUACCACCAGGCACUUCCCAGUGAGCAAAAUUACUUGAAAAGAUGUUGAAAAUACGUAUUUUAUGGACGUUGAUAAAACGUAUUUUAUAGAUGUUGAAAAUACAUAUUUUACGGACGUUGAAGUCACGACAUUGAAAAUCAUUUUUUGAGUUUCUAUGGCCAAAUGUCAAAUGUACAUAAUUUAACUUACAUCUACAUGUCAAUAAAGAAAGCAUUGUCACAUUCAAAAGUUAUACUUCCAAUUAAAACAGCAAAAUGGAGAUUGCUCCCAUCUGUCACUUACAGUACCUUCAGAAAGUAUUCAUACCCCUUGACUUAUUCAACAUUUUGUUGUGUUACAACCUGAAUUCAACAUGGAUUAAAUAGAUAUUUGUUCUUACCUAUCUACACAUAAUACAUAAUGACAAAGUGAAAACAUAUUUUUAGAAAUGUUGGCAAAUGUAUUGAAAAUUAAAUACAGAAAUGUCUCAUUUACAUAAGUAUUCACACCCCUGAGUCAAUACAUGUUAGAAUCAUGGGCAGCGAUUACAGCUGUGAGUCUCUAAGAGCUUUGCACACCUGGAUUGUUCAAUAUUUGCACAUUUAUUCUUUUUAAAAUUUAAAAAGCUUUGUCAAGUUGGUUGUUGAUCAUUGCUAGACAGCCAUUUUCAAGUCUUGCCAUAGAUUUUCAAGCCGAUUUAAGUCAAAACUGUAACUAGGCCACUCAGGAACAUUCAAUGUCGUCUUGGUAAGCAACUCCAGUGUAUAUUUGGCCUUCAGUUUUAGGUUAUUGUCCUGCUGAAAGGUGAAUUUGUCACCCAGAGUCUGUUGGAAAGCAAACUGAACCAAGUUUUCCUAUAGGAUUUUGCCUGUGCAGUAGCCUAUAUCAUACGGUAUAUGUAUUGGAUAACGGCACAAUCAUUUGGGCUUUUUUGGGCUUGGGCUCUUUAAAUGUCGUUAAUGUAGGGCUCAUAAAAUGUAUUUAAUAUAUGGCUCAUCAGGUAGAUUGCAUCAGGUUUUAAUUUUCAUGCUGAUCAAAGCUAUAAUCAAACCCAGACAUACAGUAUUUAUAUGCUUUAUAAUGCUUUUGAAUGGCAGGAAAUACAUGGUUACCCAAGAGAAAAGUGAUAUAUUCUCGGGAAGUAACAUUUGUAAAAUACCGGGAAAAUAUUCAACCCUAGUGUAAAUACUUUCUGAAAGCAGUGUAGAAAGUCAUCAACAGCUAUUGUUUUAAAUUCAACCAGGGUUAAACUAAAAAUAGACAAUACAUAUAGGCCUAGGGUUUCAAGCUUUGGUUGAUUUUCUAAUUGAAUCUUCACGUUGAUAAUUAAUAUGUUGGAUUCACGUCUCCAUCUCAACCAAAUAUAUAAGUUAAAGAAUAGGACUAAAUCAAAUAAUACAUCAAAUUAGUGGUAUUCAAAUCUUUUCAGCAGGGACCCCAUUUUUUCCAACCAAAUUUCUGGGGACCACAUUAUUUUUGCAAACAUUUCUCAUGACCCCACCCCACCCCAAAUCUAAUGACACAAAAAUAAUAAUAAUAAUUUGUAAAUUUAUAUUUUUACAUUUACAUUUUAGUCAUUUAGCAGACGCUCUUAUCCAGAGCGACUUACAGUUAAGUGAAUACAUAUUUUUUUAUACUGGGAAUCAAACCCACAACCCUGGCGUUGCAAACGCCAUGCUCUAUCAACUGAGCUACAUCCCUGCCGGCCAUUCCCUCCCCUACCCUGGGCCAAUUGUGCGCCGCCCAUGAGUCUCCCGGUCGCGGCCGGCUGCAACAGAGCCUGGAUUCGAACCAGGAUCUCUAGUGGCAAAGUUAGCACUGCGAUGCAGUGCCUUAGACCACUGCGCCACUCAGUGGUCUAAGGCAAAUAACCUUCAAUUCAUUACAUUUUCAUCUCUUAUCAGAUUGAAAAGAAACCAAUAAAUACAUUUACUCAAUAAAAUUGUAUUUUUCAAAUUAUCUUUCUCAAAAACUUUUGUAUAUUGUCCCAUAGAAUAAUCUGUACUCUUCAUUUUUUGUUCCUAAAAAAAGUAUAGAUAUUGUACAUAUACUGAACAUUAGAAACACCUUCCCGAAUAUUGAGUUGCACGCCUUUUGCCCUCAGAACAGCCUCAAUUCGUCGGGGCAUGGACUACAAGGUGUCGAAAGCGUUCCACAGGGAUGCUGGCCCAUGUUGACUCCAAUGCUUCCCACAGAUAUGUCAAGUUGGCUGGAUGUCCUUUAGGUGGUGGACCAGUCUUGAUACACACAGGAAACUGUUGAGUGUGAAAAACCCAGCAGCGUUGCAGUUCUUGACACACUCAAACUACCAUACCCUGUUCAAAGGCACUUAAAUCUUUUGUCUUGCCCAUUCACCCUCUGAAUGGCACACAUACACAAUCCAUGUCUCAAUUGUCUCAAGGCUUAAAAAUCUGUCUUUAACCUGUCUCCUCCCCUUCAUCUACACUGAUUGAAGUGGAUUUAACAGGUGCCAUCAAUAAGGGAUCAUAGCUUUCACCUGAUUCACCUGGUCUGUCUAUGUCUAUGUCAUGUAUUCCACCUUAAAAUGAGUAAGACCCCUUGACUUUUUCCACAUUUUGUUACGUUACAGCCUUAUUCUAAAAUGGAUUGAAUCGUUUUCCCAUAAUGACAAAGCAAAAACAGGUUUAAAAAAAAAAAAAACGGAAAUAUCACAUUUACAUAAGUAUUCAGACUUUUUACCCAGUACUUUGUUGAAGCACCUUUGGCAGCGAUUACAGCCUCAAGUCUUCUUGCGUAUGACGCUACAAGCUUGGCACAACUGUAUUUGAGGAGUUUCUCCCAUUCUUCUAUGCAGAUCCUCUCAAGCUCUGUCAGGUUGGAUUGGGAGCGUCGCUGCACAGCUAUUUUCAGGUCUCUCCAGAGAUGUUCAAUCGGGUUCAAGUCCAGGCUCUGGCUGGGCCAGUCAAGGACAUUCAGAGACUUGUCCCGAAGCCACUCCUGCGUUGUCUUGGCUGUGUGCUUAGGGUCGUAGUCCUGAUGGAAGGUGAACCUUUGCCCCAGUCUGAGGUCCUGAGCGCUCUGGAGCAGGUUUUCAUCAAGGAUCUCUCUGUACUUUGCUCUGUUAAUCUUUCCCUCGAUCCUGACUAGUCUCCCAGUCCCUGCCGCUGAAAGAAAUCCCCACAGCAUGAUGCUGCCACGACCAUGCUUCACCGUUGGGAUGGUGCCAGGUUUCCUCCAGACGUGACGCUUGGCAUUCAGGCCAACAGGUUCAAUCUUGGUUUCAUCAGACCAGAGAAUCUUGUUUCUCAUGGUCUGAGAGUGCCUUUUGGCAAAUUCCAAGCAGGCUGUCAUGUGCCUUAUACUGAGGAGUGGCUUCCGUCUGGCCACUACCAUAAAGGCAUGAUUGGUGGAGUGCUGCAGAGAUGGUUCACCUCCCUGACCAAGGCCCUACUCCCCCGAUUGUUCAGUUUGGUCGGGAGGCCAGCCCUAGGAAGAGUCUAGGUGGUUCCAAACUUCUUCCAUUUAAGAAUGAUGGAGGCCAAUGUGUUCUUGGGGACUUGGGGAAUUUUUUUGGUACCCUUUCCCAGAUCUGUGCCUCGACACAAUCCUGUCUCGGCGCUCUACGGUCAAUUCCUUCGACCUCAUGGCUUGGUUUUUGCUCUGACAUGCACUGUCAACUGUGGGACCUUAUAUAGACAGGUGUGUGCCUUUCCAAAUUAUGUCCAAUCAAUUGAAUUUACCAAAGGUGGACUCCAAUCAAGUUGUAGAAACAUAUCAAGGAUGAUCAAUGGAAACAGGAUGCACCUGAGCUCAAUUUCGAGUGUCAUAGCAAAGGGUCUGAAUACUUAUGAAAUAAUUUUUUAUACAUUUACAAAAAAACUGUUUUCACUUUGUCAUUAUGGGGUAUUGUGUGUAGAUUGAUGAGUGGAAAAAAAUAUUUUAGAAUAAGGCUGUAACGUAACAAAAUGUGGAAAAAUCAAGGGGUCUGAUUACUUUCCGAUUGCACUAUAUAUUGAGGUUACUUUUACUAUAAAUGUCUUCUUAUGUAAUCGUAGAAAGUGUGCAUGUUCAACAUAGCGUGCAAAGGUCGCAGGUCUGUGGAAAUAUUCACAAUUGCUAUAAUAAUCCACACAGAAUCUCAAACAUUAUUGAUCACUUGUACUAUGCACUUUUAAUGUAAUCUCAACUGCAAUCCAGGUCAUUUGAUUGUGCUAUUAGAUGAAGCACAGUGAUAACACAUUAAGUUGUAUAAAAAUAAAAACAUCUGACAUUGUAUGUUGUGCUUUUAAAUCUUUGAAAGCGCAAUGAUAACACAUUCAGAUGACAACUAAACCAAAGAUCAGACAUUGUUUUCCAUUGGAAUUUGGUUGUGCAUUAGAUGGUUGAAAGCAUAGUGAUAACAAACUUCUGGCUGUCCUUUUUGAGUGGGUGAAUAAAGGUUGAAAUGUCAUUGAUCAACGUCUCAACCAAAUAUUACCCACAUUUCCAUGUUGAAAUGAUGUGGUGUGCCCAGUGGGAUGUCUAUGCUUGGGCCAAAUCAAGGCAGGUCCGGACCAAAUCGGAACAAAUUUUCAUCCAAAUCAAGGCUGGUCCAGACCGGACCAAAUCUGAUUUUUUGGGGGGCCAAAUCAAGGCUGGUCUGGACCGGACCACAUCUGAACCAAGUUUGGGCCAAAUCAAGGCCGGUCUGGACCAGACCAAAUCUGAACCAAUCAUAGACGUCUAUUUUGGGGGCAAAUCAAAGCUGGGGGGGAAUGGACCAGAAAUCAACGUCUGUGGACAUUGAAAUCAAGGCCGGUCUGGACCUGACCAAAAAUCACUGUGGAUGUUGAAAUAAAUGCCAGGGCGGACUGACCAAAUUUCAACCACUUUUCAACAUCCAUGGACGUCCUGCGUCAAUCGGUGCUCACUGGGUUUAGUGUUUAAAAAGUCGGUGUUAGCAUUAUGGAGGAGGAUGUGUGCGGGUAGAAUAUUAAGGCUCAUUCACUUGAUUCACGCAAAGCCGCUCUUACACGAGUCAAGUGAGUGGGCCUUUAGUACCUAUAGUUUGAUUGAUGUCAUGUGGUGGUCUACCCUAUAGGUGGCGUACGUUUGCUGAGGGAGUUCCUCACUGUGUGGACAUGACCAGUCUGAAGGAACUGGGACCCAACCUCAGCUACACACGCCAGAGGUCAGCCCUCUGCUCUCAACGUUUUGUCUGCCCUCCACAUUCUGUCUGCCCUCCAUAUUCUAUUUGCCCUCCACAUUCUGUCUGUCCUCACCUCAACAUUUGAUCUUCCCCUUCACAUUGUAUUUGUCCUCUCAGCCCAGGCAUCAAUCUGCAGUAUCUGAGGGGUUUUCCUGAGAGAGCUGAAUCCUGGAGUAGCUUUACUGAGCUGGAGACCAUGUUCAGCCACAAUGGGAGCCAGAAUACUGUCGCUAGUAUGUUACACACACACACACACACACACACACACACACACACACACACACACACGCCAAUUCUCACUGUCUGUCCUUCCCCCUCCCCUCCCCUUUCUUUAUUUCCUUCUCUCUUCUCUCCCUCCCCCUCUCUUGAAGAGUAUGUGCAGGCCCAUUGGUCUGAGGACUGGUUCUUUGGCUACCAGUGUUUGAACGGUUGUAACCCUCUCAUGGUGCGACAGACACGCCUCCUCCCUCCCAACCUGUCAAUCAACUCUGACAUUCUCUGCCCCUUCCUGCCUGACGGAUCUUCACUGGACCAGGAGCUAGAGGUGUGUGUGUGUGUGUGUGUGUGUGUGUGUCUAUGUCUGCCGGUGAGUGUGUUUUUAUUUUUUUUAAGGAGUGGGGCAGUCCCACUCCUUUCGUAAUUCUUUGAGCUUUUAUUGAAGAGAUUGCAAAUCGCUGGAAAGACGGAAAGGGACAGUCAAAAGGCAUGGGCUGGAUUCGAAAACAUGCCGACUCUGGCAUACAUGUGUGUCGGGGUCAGCGGCUGCAACAACUGGACCACACAGGCCAGAAUAGUGUUUGUGGGUGUGUGUUGGGUUUGCACUGUGUGAAACUUCAAACUUCACCUUUGUGCGUUCACGGCAGAGAGGGUCUAUUUUCCUGCUGGACUACGAAAUGUUGGAAGGUGUCCCGGCCAACGUGAUCAAUGGGAAGCAGCAGUAUCUCGCCGCCCCGCUAGUCCUUCUGCACCUCAACCAGCAGGGGGAGCUCAAACCCAUCGCCAUCCAGGUGAGUCCAAUAAACAAUCUAUGGCAUACAAACAUACAUACAUACAUACAUACAUACAUACAUACAUACAUACAUACAUACAUACAUACAUACACUACCAGUCAAAAGUUUGCACACACCUACUCAUCCAUAUUUGUUAUUUCAUAGUUUUGAUGUCUUCACUAUUAUUCUACAAUGUAGAAAAUAGUAAAAAUAAAGAAAAACCCUUGAAUGAGUAGGUGUGUCCAAACUUUUGACUGGUACUGUACAUACUGACAGGCAGACAGAAACUUUAUUAAUCCCAGAGGGGAAUUCUAUUACUAGUUGGAUUCUACUACUACUGUUACUACUACUGCUACUACAAAAAUGUAUAAUUCUAGAACUAUUGUACCACUAAUUAUACCCACAGCUGCAGCAGGCCCCUGGCCCUCAGAACCCAGUGUUCCUGCCCUCUGACCCUGGCCCUGAUUGGCUGUUGGCUAAGACCUGGGUGCGCUGCUCAGACUUCCAGUGCCACCAGCUCUCCUCUCACUUCCUCAGAACCCACCUGCUGGGAGAGGUGUGUUGCACUGCCACCCUCAGGCAGCUGCCGGAAGUACACCCUCUACACCAGGUAAAUAGUAUAUAAUAAACAGGUAACUAGUAAAUAGUAAACACAGCAGGUAAAGUUGUAAUAAAUACACCACCACUUAGUAGGCGGUGAAACGUGCCGCAACCUGGAGGGGUAGACGUAACAUAGUAAACGUAAAUAUGUCUCUCUCCAUUUAGUAUGAUAUGUUUCGUAUGGUAUGUAUUAAUUAGUGGAUUUCCAUCAUUCAUUUAAUAUGAUAUGUUACGAAUUGCAAUUCGUACAAUAUGUUACACAUUUUCAAUAAGUAUGAUAUGUUACGAACAGUGGAGACAGGUGGGAGGAGCUAUAGGAGGACGGGCUCAUUGUAAUGGCUGAAAUGGAAUGAAUGGAGCGAUAAACACGUCAAACAUAUGGAAACCACAUGUUUGACUCCAUUCCAUUCCAGCCAUUACAAUGAGCCCGUCCUCCUAUAGCUCCUCCCACCAGCCUCUACUGUUUACGAAUUCCAAUUUGUUGUGGCUAACAUUAGCUAGGUGGCUAGGUGUCUAAUGCUGACAUUAGCUAGGUGGCUAAUGUUACCUGGGUUAAGGUUAGGGGAAGGGUUGGUUAGGGGAAGGGUUAGCUAACAUGCUAAGUAGUUGCAAAGUAGCUAAAAAGUAGUAAGCAGUUGCAAAGUUCCUAAAAUUGUCCAUGAUAAGAUUCGAACAUGCAAUUUCUGGGUUGCUAGAUAUUCGCGUUAUACGCCCACCCAUCCACCCCGACCAAACAACCUCCUUUUGUUUUUGACUUAAAUAACCUUCUAUCCUAUAUAACCAUUACAAAUGUAACAUAUCAUACUAAUUUGAGUGUCCCGGAUUUACGUUUACUAUGUUAUGUCUAGACCAGGCUGCGUAGUUGCAAAGUUUAGUUAACCUCCUGAACCAUCCGGAAGUCUCGCGAGCUCACAUCUGUUUCACUAGUACCUUGCAGAUGGAAUUGAAAUGUAUAGAGCUGCCAUUAGCCAGAAUCUGACUGUUGUUGUUAUUAUUAUUGUUGCAGUUGUUGAUGCCUCACAUCAAAACCACACUACAGAUCAACAUCCAAGCCAGGGGCUCUCUACUGGCUGCCAACGGAGUGUUUGACAAGGUAUGAUCGUGUGUCUUGGAAUGUUUGUGUGAGUUGCAAUGUUUUAGUACACACAUUUUCUUUGUGCAUAUGCCUGUACACUUUUGCUAGUUUAUAACCACAAAAUUGCAUGUGCCUGUUGUGUGUGUCAGGCCAUAGGCUGUGGUCUGGAGGCGUUGCCUGUAAUUUUGUCACGAGCCACAGAGCGUCUGAGUUACCGCUCCCUGUGUGUCCCUGAAGACCUGGCAGACAGAGGGAUACACACACUCAAACAGUGCUACUAUGCACACGACGCACUGCGAGUGUGGAACGCACUGCACAGGUACACAUAUUCACGCACGCACAUACAUACACACACACACGUGCACACACACACACAGCUACUACGCUCAUGAUGCACUGCGAGUGUUGAACGCACUGCACAGGUACACACACAUGCACUCACGCACGCACAGAGAAAUACAGUCAUGCACACAAUUCAAUUACAGCUAUGAUAUCAAUUCUCAGAAUCUGGCACGCACUGCACAGGUACACACACAUACAACACACUUCCAUUUUACACGCACCAUCAUUACUGUUGUGUUUUGUUUGAUGAUGUGGCAGAUUUGUGAGUGGCUGGGUGGAUGUGUAUUACCAUGGAGACCAGGAUGUGAAGCAGGACUCUGAGCUGCAGAGCUGGAUCACAGAGAUCUACACACACGGCUUCCUACAGCUCCCUCACUCAGGUAGGGGUGUGUGUGUGUGUGUGUGUUCUACCCAUAACACCCUAUGUGAAACUUACUGUUCAAUAAAAAAGGCACUGUUCAAUAAUUUACACUAUAUAUACACAAAAGUUUGUGCACACCCUUUCAAAUUAGUGGAUUCAGAGAUUUUUUUUUUUUUUUUUUUUUUUAUUUCACCUUUAUUUAACCAGGUAAGCCAGUUGAGAACAAGUUCUCAUUUACAUUAUUUCAGCCACACCCGUUGCUGACAGGUGUAUACAAUCGAGCACAAAACCACGCAAUCUCCAUAUUCAAACAUUGGCAGUAGAAUGGCCUUAUUGAAAAGCUCAGUGACUUUCAACGUGGCACCGUCAUAGGAUGCAACCUUUCCAACAAGUCAGUUAGUCAAAUUUCUGCCCUGUUAGAGCUGCCUCAGUCAACUGUAAGUGCUGUUAUUGUGAAGUGGAAAUGUCCAGGAGCAACAACGGCUCAGCCACAAAGUGGUAGGCCACACAAGCUCACAGAACAGGACCGCCGAGUGCUGAAGCGCAUAGUGCAUAAAAGUCUGUCCUCGGUUGCAACACUCGCUACCGAGUUCCAAACUGCCCCUGGAAGCAACUUCAGCACAAUAACUGUUCAUCGGGAGCUUCAUGAUAUGGGUUUCCAUGGCCGGGCAGCCACACACAAGCCUAGGAUCACAAUGCGCAAAGCCAAGCGUCAGCUGGAGUGGUGUAAAGCUCGCCACCAUUGGACUCUGGAGCAGUGGAAACGCGUUCUGUGGAGUGAUGAAUCACGCUUCACCAUCUGGCAGUCCGACGGACGAAUCUGGGUUUGGUGGAUGCCAGGAAAACGCUACCAUAGUGCCAACUGUAAAGUUUGGUGGAGGAGGAAAAAUGGGCCAGGCUAGGCCCUUUAGUUCCAGUGAAGGGAAAUCUUAACACUACAGCAUACAAUGACAUUCUAGAUUAUUCUGUGCUUCCAACUUUGUGGCAACAGUUUGGGGAAGGCCCUUUCCUGUUUCAGCAUGACAAUGCCCCUGUGCACAAAGCAAGGUCCAUACAGAAAUGGUUUGUCGAGAUCGAUGUGGAAGGACUUGACUGGCCUGCACAGAGCCCUGUCCUCAACCCCAUCGAACACCUUUGGAAUGAAUUGGAACGCCAACUGCGUACAUGAGAAGUGGUUUCUCAAAGACUAUGGCUGUGCAUUUUUUUAUUGUCAACUGAAGUGAAUUGACUAUAUAACUAACUGACUACCUUUUAACUAUCUUGGUUCCCUCAGGUUGCCCACAGUCAUUCCAAACCAAACCAGAACUCUGUCAGUUUGUUACCAUGGUGAUAUACUGCUGCUCUGCGCUGCACGCUGCUGUCAACUUCUCUCAGGUUAUCAAUCCAUCAACAUGAUUAAUCAAUAAACUGUAUCCAUCAAUCAAUACAGUACUUAGGGCCUAAUCUUCACUUGAGACACAUAUGGGCUCUGGUCAAAAGUAGUAUGCUAUAAAGGAAAUAUUGGAUCAUUUGUGACACAAACUAAGUGAUACCCAUUCCCCUUCUUGUUCCCUCCAGGUGGAUUUUGACCUGUGGAUGCCCAACUGCCCAGCAUACAUGACGCACCCCCCUCCCCAGACCAAAGGCAUGUUGACGGAGGAAGACAUUCUCUCUAUCCUCCCGGAUGUCAACUCCACCUGCAGCCUCCUCAUCACUCUGUCCCUAUUGUCCCAGCCCGCUGCCGACUACGUAAGACACACACACACAGUUUCUGAUGACUGAUGUCCCAGCCCGCUGCCGACUAUGUACGAUCCAAAUACCCUCUAUCACUGGGAACUUCACCCAGUCCUCUCCAAUAUCAUCUUGUGUCUUAUCACAAGAUGUCUCUCUAUCCUACCGGACGUCAACUCCACCUGCAGCCUCCUCAUUACUCUGUCCCUACUGUCCCAGCCCACUGCAGACUACAAUUUAUUCGGAAAGUAUUCAGACCCCUUGACUUUUUCCACAUUUUGUUACGUUACAGCCUUAUUAUAAAAUGGAUUAUAUAAUCCCCCCCCCCCAUCAAUCUACACACAAUACCCCAUAAUGACAAAGAAAAAACCGAAAUAUUACAUUUACAUAAGUAUUCAGACCCUUUACUCAGUACUUUGUUGAAGCACCUUUGGCAGCGAUUACAGCCUUGAGUCUUCUUGGGUAUAACCCCACAAGCUUGGCACACCUGUAUUUGGGGAGUUUCUCCCAUUUUUCUCUGCAGAUCCUCUCAAGCUCUGUCAGGUUGGAUGGGGAGCGUUGCUGCACAGCUAUUUUCAGGUCUCCAGAGAUGUUCGAUCGGGUUCAACUCCGGGCUCUGGCUGGGCCACUCAAGGACAUUCAGAGACUUGUCCCGAAGCCACUCCUGCAUUGUCUUGGCUGUGUGCUUAGGGUUGUUGUCCUGCUGGAAGGUGAACCUUCGCCCCAGUCUGAGGUCCAGAACGCUCUGGAGCAGGUUUUCAUCAAGGAUCUCUCUGUACUUUGCUCCAUCCAUCUUUCCCUCGAUCCUGACUAGUGUCCCAGUCCCUGCCCCUGAAAAACAUCCCCACAGCAUGAUGCUGCCACCACCAUGCUUCACCGUAGGGAUGGUGCCAGGUUUCCUCCAGACGUGAUGCUUGGCAAAGAGUUCAAUCUUGGUUUCAUCAGACCAGAGAAUCUUGUUUCUCAUGGUCUGAGAGUCUUUAGGUGCCUUUUGGCAAACUCCAAGCGGGCUAUCAUGUGCCUUUUACUGAGGAAUGGCUUCCGUCUGGCCACUUCUCCUAUCUACACAGAGGAAUUCUGGAGCUCUCUCAGAGUGACCAUCGGGUUCUUGGUCACCUCUCUGACCAAGGCCUUUCUCCCCCGAUUGCUCAGUUUGGCCGGGCGGCCAGCUCUAGGAAGAGUCUUGGUGGUUCCAAACUCCUUCCAUUUAAGAAAGAUGGAGGCCACUGUGUUUUUGGGGACCUUCAAUGCUGCAGAAAUGUUUUGGUACCCUUCCCCAGAUCUGUGUCUCGACACAAACCUGUCUCGGAGCUCUACGGACAAUUCCUUAGACCUCAUGGCUUGGUUUUUGCUCUGACAUGCACUGUCAACUGUGGGACCUUAUAUAGACAGGUGUGUGCCUUUCCAAAUCAUGUCCAAUCAAUUGGGUUUACCACAGGUGAACUCCAAUCAUGUUGUAGAAACAUCUCAAGGAUGAUCAAUGGAAACAGGAUGCACCUGAGCUCAAUUUCGAGUCUCAUAGGAAAGGGUCGGAAUACUUAUGUAAAUAAGGUAUUUCUGUUUUUUAUUUUAAUACAUUAGCAAAGAUUUAUAGAAAUCUGUUUUCGCUUUGUCAUUAUGGGGUAUUGUGUGUAGAUUGAUAAGGAUUUUAUUUUAUUUAAUCCAUUUUAGAAUAAGGCUGUAACGUAACAAAAUGUGGGAAAAGUGAUGGGUUCUGAAUACUUUCUGAAGGCACUGUAUGUACAAUCCACACACAUCUUCAUCAAUCAAAUGUAUUUAUAAAGCCCUUUUUACAUCAGCAGAUGUCACAAAGUCCUUAUACAGAAACCCACCCUAAAACCCCAAACAGCAAGCAAUGCAGAUGUAGAAGAACGGUGGCUAGGAAAAACUCCCUAGAAAGGCAGGAACCUUCAAAGAAACCUAGCAAGGAACCAGGCUCUGAGGGGUGGCCAGUCCUCUUAUGGCUGCGCCGGGUGGAUAUUAUAAGAGUACAUGGCCAUUAAGGCCAGAUCGUUCUUCAAGAUGUUCAAACAUUCAUAGAUGACCAGCAGGGUCAAAUAAUAAUCACAGAGGGUAGAGGGUGCACUUUGGGUGGGAUAUAACCCCUGCACCCACACCACUAGAGAGAUAAACAGACCACCAACUUACUACCCUGAGACAAGGCUGAGUAUAGCCCAUGAAGAUCUUCUCCACCGCACAAGCCUGAGGGGAGUCAAGACCGGACAGGAAGAUUGCGUCAGUGACUCAACCCACUCAAGUCGAGUAUAGCGCAAAAAAGCCUGACACGACAUGACACACCCCUCCUAGGAACGGCAUGGAAGAGCACUAGUAAGCCAGUGACUCAGCCUCCGUAAUAGGGUCAGAAGCAGAGAAUUCCAGUGGAGAGAGGGAAGCCGGCCAGGCAGAGACAGCAAGGGCGGUUCGUCAUUCCAGUCCCUUGCCGUUCACCUUCGCACCGCAUGGCCAGACUACACUCAAUCAUAGGACCUACUGAAGAGAUGAGUCUUCAGUAAAGACUUAAAAGGUAGAGACCGAGUCUGCGUCUCUCACAUGGAUAGGCUGACCAUUCCAUAAAAAUUGAGCUCUAUAGGAGAAAGUCCUGCCUCCAGCUGUUUGCUUAGAAAUUCUAGGGACAAUAUGGAGGCCUGCGUCUUGUGACUGUAGCGUACGUGUAGGUAUGUACAGCAGGAUCAAAUCAGAGAGAUAGGUAGGAGCAAGUCCAUGUAAUGCUUUGUAGGUUAGUAGUAAAACCUUGAAAUCAGCCCUAGCCUUAACAGGAAGACAGUGUAGAGAGGCUAGCACUGGAGUAAUAUGAUCACAUUUUUGGGUUCCAGUCAAGAUUCUAGCAGCUGUAUUUAGCACUAACUGAGGUUUAUUCAUUGCUUUAUCCGGGUAGCCGGAGACUAGAACAUUGCAGUAGUCUAAUCUAGAAGUGACAAAAGCAUGGAUUAGCUUUUCUGCAUAAUUUUUUGACAAAAAGUUUAAAGAUUUUUGCAGUGUUAGAAAGAUGGAAAAAAGCUGCCCUUUAAAUAUUCUUGAUAUGUUCGUCAAAAGAGAGAUCAGGGUCCAGAGUAAUGCAGAGGUCCUUCACAGAUCAAAACAACAGAUAUCUUUGUUUCUUGGGACCUAGAACUAGCAUCUCUGUUUUGUCCGAGUUUAAAAGUAAAACAUUUGCCGCCAUCCACUUCCUUAUGUCUGAAACACAGGCUUCCAGGUUAGGCAAUUUUGGGGCUUCACCAUGUUUCAUCGAAACGUACAGUUGUGUGUCGUCCGCAUAGCAGUGAAAGUUGACAUUGUAUUUCCGAAUGACAUCACCAAGAGGUAGAAUAUAUAGUGAAAACAAUAGUGGUCCUAAAACGGAACCUUGAGGAACACCGAAACAUACAAUUGAUUUGUCAGAGGACAAACCAUCCACAGAGACGAACUGAUAUCUUUCCGAUAGAUAAGAUCUAAACCAGGCAAGAACUUGUCCAUGUAGACUAAUUAGGGUUUCCAAUCUUUCCAAAAUAAUGUGGUGAUCUUGGUGUCAAAAGCGGCACUAAGGUCUAGGAGCACGAGGACAGAUGCCGUGCCUUGGUCUGACACCAUUAAAAGAUAAUUGACCACCUUCACGAGUGCAGUCUCAGUACUAUGAUGUGGUCUAAAACCAGACUGGAGCAUUUCGUAUACAUUAUUUGUCUUUAGGAAGGCAGUGAGUUGCUGCACAACAGCUUUUUCAAAAAUGUUUGAGGGGAAUGGGAGAUUCGAUAUAGAAUGAUCGUUUUUUUAAUUUUCCAGGUCAAGGUUUGGCUUUUUCAGGAGAGGCUUUAUUACUGCCACUUUUAGUGAGUUUGGUACACCUCCAGAGGAUAGGGAGCCUUUUAUUAUGUUCAACAUAGGAGGGCCAAGCACAGGAAGUAGCUUUUUCAGUAGUUUAGUUGGAAUAGGGUUCAGUAGGCAGCUGGAAGGUUUAGAGGCCAUGACUAUUUUUGUGAAUGUGUCGAGAGAUACCGGAUUAAAAAAUAACUUGAGUGUCUCCAUUGAUCCUAGUUCUGUGAAGACUCAGGUCAACCCAAAUACGCAGAUUCAAGGAGUCCGUAAUUUGCUUUCCAAUAAUCAUGAUAUUUUCGUUGAAGAAGUUCAUGGCCAUCCUCUCUUGGGGAAUGCUGCUUUUUAGUUAGCUUUGCGACAGUAUCAAAAAAUACAUUUUGUAUUGUUUUUAUUAUCUGCAGUUAGGUUGGAAAAGUAGUCUGAUCGAGCAGCAGUGAGGGCUCUUUGAUAUUGCACAGUAGGUCUUUCCAAGCUAGUCAGAAGACUUCCAGUUUGGUGGAGCGCCAUUUCAGUUCCAAUUUUCUGGAAGCUUGCUUCAGGGCUCGGGUAUUUUCUGUAUACCAUGGAGCUAAUUUCUUUUGACAAAUGUUUUUUGUUUUUAGAAGUGCGACUGCAUCUAGGGUAUUAGGUAAGGUUACAUUUGGAUUGUCAGUUAGGUGGUUAACUGAUUUUUGUACUCCAACGUCCUUGUGUAGGUGGAGGGAGUCUGGAAGGGCAUCUAGGAAUCUUUGGGUUGUCCAAGAAUUUAUAGCAUGGCUUUUGAUAAUCCUUGGUUGGGGUCUGAGCAGAUUAUUUGUUGCGAUUGCAAACGUAAUAAAAUGGUGGUCUGAUUGUCCAGGAUUAUGAGGAAAAACAUUUAGAUCCACAAUAUUUAUUCCAAGGGACAAAACUAGAUCCAGGGUAUGACUGUGGCAAUGCGUAGGUCCGGACACAUUGGACAAAACCCACUGAGUUGAUGAUGGCUCCAAAAGCCUUUUGGAGUGGGUCUGUGGACUUUUCCAUUUGAAGUCACCAAAAAUGUGAAUAUUAUCUGCCAUAAUCUUGUAUUUUACAUCCAUCCCCUUUUUCCUCUCCUAGGUGCCUCUGUGUCACUAUCGUGAGGCUGUGUUCAGCAGUGGUGCCCCUCGCAGGCUGGUGGAGAAGGUGCAGGCCGAGCUCAGGGCCAUUUCUGAUGAUAUCACAGACAGGAACAAGAAGCUGGAGCUGCCUUAU